AGACAUUGUACCAGAACAGUUUUUCAUUUAGGGAAGAGAGAUACACUUGAAGAGAGCUUAUGUACACUAGUAUGACAGAGGUGAUGUAUUCAUCUUGGAGAAAGUGACAGGACACACAUUCACGCUCUCACACCCACAGGCUGGCUGACACUAGGGGAUUCUCAUGUCUCCCCAAAGCACUGAGGAACUUCAAGCAGCUGCUUUUCUCUGCUACGGAAAGCCUGGAGAAGAUCUAAACCAACUGUCUUUUCCUCUUAUGUUCUCUUUGGAAGGUAUCCUCUUUUCCCUGACAGCUCUGGGUUCCUCUGGGAUCCCACAGUAGAGGAUCUAUUUACAAAACAAGGACUUCUGGUUCAGCUCACAUGGUCUUGUAACCAAGAUUUUUGGAUCUAAAUCAAAGGCUACUGGUUCAUAUUUUCAUUUCCAGUGCAUAGGACUUCGCAUGUCCCAGAGGUUAUUUGUCUAAUUUAAUCAAUUUUCAAGAGGACUGUAGUGUUUGGGACUUUCACAGCCUUAGUGUCUCCAAAUGGCCAAAGCUGAUUAAUUGGAAGCUUGGGAAGAGAGACCUGUUUCCACUACAUUUAGGACACAUACCAGCAAACAGCAGGAGAUUUACAAACUAAAAGCAGACAGAGAUUGGAAGAAGAAAGAGGGUGAGGGGGAUCCUAGCGCCAUCACAAGCUGUAACAAAGAGACUUUGUAAAUCUUCCUAAAACGUCUGCAGGAUACUGACGCACUACUGCUGAAGGUGGUGAAAUUAUCCGUAGCUCACAGCACAAUUAGGUGUGUGUAUUGGUGCUACCAUGGAAGUCCCAGCACUGGUCUUGAUGGUCUUACUCCUGGUGUGUGAUCUGUUCCCCUUACUGGAAGGCAGCACUGGAGUUCAGGAGUUUGACAACAGUGAUGAAGGCCCAGAGCCUGGAUUCCUCUCAGGUUCACGUACCCGCAGGGCCCCAGAAGUUACUGCCCAGGACAAGUGCUCUUAUACCUUCAUUGUUCCCCAGCAGAAGGUCACGGGGGCUAUCUGCGUUAAUUCAAAGGAGCCCGAGGCUGUACUGGAGAAUCGGGUAAAUAAGCAGGAGCUGGAACUUGUUAACACUGAGCUCCACAAGCAGAAGAGGCAGAUUGAGACUCUACAGCAGCUUGUGGAAGUUGAUGGUGGUAUUGUCAAUGAGGUGAAACUCUUGCGCAAAGAAUCGCGCAACAUGAAUUCUCGCGUAACACAACUCUACAUGCAGCUUCUCCAUGAGAUCAUCCGCAAGCGAGAUAAUGCACUGGAGCUUUCUCAACUGGAGAACAAGAUUCUGAACCAGACAUCAGAGUUGUUGCAGCUUUCCAACCGCUACAAAGAUCUGGAACAUAAGUACCAGCAUUUGUCAUCACUGGCAAACAAUCAGUCAGCUCUAAUUGCUCUACUUGAGGUACAGUGUCAGAAGGCACCCCCAGUGAUGGCACCUAGACCACAGCCCCAACCACAGCCACAACCUCAACCCAGGCCCUCUCCACCUAUUAACAAGCCAUACCAACCACCUAUGUAUAACCGCAACAACCAGAUAACCAAUGAGAUCCAGAGUGAUCAAAAUCUCAAAGUUCCACCACCACUACCCACCAUGCCAAGUGGCACUCACAGUCCAUCUACAACCAACAAGCCCUCUGGCCCCUGGAAAGACUGUCUGCAGGCCGUGGAAGAUGGACACACUAACAGUGGCAUGUACCUUGUGAAGCCUGAGAAUACCAACAAGCUGAUGCAGGUAUGGUGUGACCAAAAACAGGACCCUGGAGGCUGGACAGUCAUCCAGAGACGCAUGGAUGGCUCUGUGAACUUUUUCAGGAACUGGGAGACUUACAAGCAAGGCUUUGGUAAUAUAGAUGGAGAGUACUGGCUAGGGCUGGAGAACAUUUACUGGCUUACCAAUCAGGCCACUUACAAGCUUCUGGUGACCCUGGAGGACUGGGCUGGGCGCAAAACAUUUGCAGAAUACGCCAGCUUCAGGCUGGAACCUGAGGCUGACUUCUACAAACUACGGGUGGGACGCUACCAUGGCAAUGCUGGUGAUUCACUCACCUGGCACAACGGCAAACAGUUCACCACUCUGGACAGAGAUCAUGAUGCAUACACCGGUAACUGUGCUCACUAUCAGAAGGGAGGCUGGUGGUAUAACUCCUGUGCCCACUCCAACCUCAAUGGCGUGUGGUAUCGAGGUGGGCACUACCGCAGCCGCUACCAAGAUGGCGUGUACUGGGCUGAAUUCAGAGGAGGAGCCUACUCCCUAAAGAAAGUGGUGAUGAUGAUCCGCCCAAACCCCAACACUUUUCACUGAACAGCAUACAAAUCAGAAGAAAAGACUGAUAACUAUCCCUUAACAUCCACGCUCAUAUUAUAUAUAUAUAUAUAUAUAUAUAUAUAUAUAUAUAUAUAUAUAUAUAUAUAUAUAUAUAUAUAUAUAUGAACAUACUAAACAUACAGAAAAGGCUAAGAUCUUUAUAUUUAUGGUAAAAGGCAACUUUGGGAGUGAUAAAGGGGACAAAUUAUUGUCAUCAAGAAAACAUAUGGCCUUAUUGCACUUGUCAUAAGAGUUAAUUUUGAGAAAUUAUUUCCAAUAUAAUUUGGCUUUGUUUACCCAAAGAACAAAAAACACAGCUUGCCCUCAUAUAGACUCUAUAACUUCUGUUCAUAUGGAAUAGUCAUCUAUUUUUGAGCGGUCAUAUCAAAUACGUGAUAGUACAGCAAGGAAUUACAACCUUUCAAAAAAACUAUUUUACGUGACAUAAGACACAGGAUGCACAAUCUGGUGGCAGACAAGUUAUGCUCUUUCAGUUUUUUGUAAAGAAAAAAAAAGAAAAAAUAUUCCUGAUAAAAUAAAUGGUUGCUUAUUUAUUUCAGUGAUUCCAAAUCACUGUCCAAUUUCUUGAAAAUGUAUGCAUAGAUUAUCUGCAAUACCAGAAAGAAAUUGGGAUAACAGGUCAUAAGUAGUAGAUCUAGUAGCAGACUGAUGCCUUGCCUAUACAAGUAUAAGUCUGCUGGAAAAUAUCUGAAACACAUUGGGAAACUGUACAUUGGAAUUGCUGAAAUGUUUAAGUCCUGAUAUAUUCAAAGAAUGCCCAUUCACUGUUGUAUUUAAUGCUGUUAGCAGUUAAAAAUUCCAAAGGAAAAAAAGUCAAAGGCGAAAAAAAAAAUUAAUAAAUAAAAAUCCAGUGGCUAGGUUGUGAAUAAGGCAGCUGACGGUACCUAUUAAAAGUGGGAAUAAACACCCACAAUGGCUUUCUAGAGAUACUUAUCACAAACCUAAUGAGCUACACAACAACAGACAGGCAAAACUUUCUGGUGCUAUCUAAAAAAGAGAGAGUUCCAAUGAGUCAUAUAUCUGGUACAUAUUUAUACGUUCUUGAAGUUUAAAGACAAUAUAAAACAUAUGAAAUUGUUGCACUAUUGAUAACAAUGUAACACAAACAAUUACAGUACAUCUUUUUAGUAUUACUACUAUUAUAAUGAAAUGCAAUAUUAUGAAUUAUAUGAAUUAAUAAAGCUGUAUUAGGAAUAAAAACAAUCUGUAUAGAGCAACAGUAUAAGUAAAGCAGUUAAAGUAUGUUAAAAGCCUGAGGCACGGGGAUUCUAUCAUCAAUUCCAUCACCUCCUGGCCAAGUUCCUGGCCAUACAUUUUGAUAUAAAAUGAAGUUUGUACUAUGUCACUAUCAAGAUUAGGUUUUGCUUGUGUUUAUUAUAGAUUUUACUACAUGUCCACGUUUGUUUCUGAAUAAUCAGAAAAUUGUACAUAAUGUACAAAUUUAAAUGUUGGAACCAAUGAGACCCAGCAUAUUUCUGUAUAUAUAAUUUUGGAGAAAAUUUAUCCUUCAAGUGUAACAAAUGUACCUUCAUCAUCCAAUUGUUGCAAUAAACAAAAAUGUACAGCC